AACCUGCGAAAGAAGCGCGGUCACGUGACUUUGUAGAAGUGCCGCCCCCGAGAAUCUAUGGCUACUAUGGGAUUUCUCAGCGACGGGGAGACGAGAAGACGGUCAGGAGGCCCUCGGGGGCGGGAGAACUUUCUGAAUCUAAUUUAACGUGGGGGCGAGGGAGGCACCUAGCCUGCUUGUUACAGGCCGAAGGCUUGGCGCAUUCCUUCCCCCUAAUCACUCUAACAGGGCAGUUCUCAUAAUUCGGUCCAAAUUGUUCAGUACUAGGCUGUUGGGCACCGCUGAUACGACAGUCUUUCGCCAGCCCAAAGAUUUAGUGGCAUUGAAUAACUGUCCUAGUCGGUGGGUCUCGCGUGUGAACACGCUCAUGUCUAGAGCUUAUGACACAGGAAUUUAAAAUGGAUGAUGAAAUGCAAUUAAUAUUUAUUCUGCUUUGUUGGCAAUAUUCAAAUUGAUCUCUUCAACUGUGAGUUCACCUUCAUUGAAUAUUCUGGAAUUAGUCAACAUACCAUAUCUGCAGUUUAUUUGGUACUUUGAAUGGCUGUUGGAAAGGAAUGUACAGUCUGAUGGCCAAUUGCUGCAGCUGGCUAAAGCGGUGGCGAGAACCCAUCAGGAAGGUGACAUUGAUCAUGGUGGGUCUUGAUAAUGCUGGGAAAACUGCAACAGUAAAAGGAAUCCAAGGAGAAUCCCCUGAAGAUGUGGCUCCAACAGUUGGCUUUUCUAAAAUUGAACUUAAACAACGAUGGUUUGAAGUCACAAUUUUUGACUUGGGAGGUGGAAAACGUAUCCGGGGCAUUUGGAAAAAUUACUAUGCUGAAUCCUAUGGAGUAGUAUUUGUUGUGGAUUCAAGUGAUGUGGAAAGAAUGGAAGAGACAAAAGAAACAAUUUCAGAAGUUCUAAGACAUCCCAAGAUAUCAGGGAAACCUGUAUUAGUAUUAGCAAAUAAACAAGACAAAGAAGGUGCCUUGGCAGAAGCAGAUGUGAUUGAAUAUUUAUCUCUUGAAAAACUUGUCAAUGAACACAAAUGCCUCUGUCAGAUUGAGCCUUGUUCUGCUAUUCUGGGCAAUGGAAGAAAAAUUGACAAAUCGAUAAAGAAAGGUUUACUUUGGCUGUUACACACUAUAGCAAAAGAUUUUGAUGUCUUACACGAAAGAAUUCAGAAAGACAUCACAGAACAAAAAGCCAUUGAAGAGCAAGAGAAACGAGAGCGAGCAGAAAGAGUGAAAAAGAUAAGGAAAGAAAGAGAACAGAAAGAGAAAGAAGAAAAUGAACGGGAAGGAAGGAGCAUUUUGGAUGAAGAAGACACUGAGCUUGUAACUGGAAACCCAUUUCAGCCCCUAUCAACUAUAAUAACUAAGAAUGAAAAGAAAAUUGAAAAAGAGAAGAAAAGGCAAAGGGAAGAGAAUGAAAAGAUUGCUAUUGCCUUGAAAACUAAAACAAAUCAGGAGAUAAUAGAUGUUCAGAGUCUGAACAGUGAACAAUCCAACGAACAGAGACUGAUAGAAAACUAUAAAUCUGUACUAACACAACAAGUGGAACACGAAGAUGAGAAUGACCAGCACAUCUCAGAAAGUCUUGACUCUGGUGAUAAUGCCACUUUGAAUCCAGGAACAGAAAACAGUAAAAAGAAAGCAAAGAAGCUAAAAUUAAAAAGAAAUCGAGUUGAACCAGUCAAUACAGAAGAAAUUGUUUCCCCACUUCCUACUCCAAUUGCAACUCAUACACCAGUUGGAUGGGAAACACCAAAAAUUAACAGAAUUCAAAAACUUGAGCCUCUUGGUGAAACUCAUCAUAAUGAUUUCUAUGGAAAGCCAUUGCCACCACUUGCUAUACAUCAAAGACCUAACAGCGAUAUGCAUGGUGUCAUUUCUUAACUAGCAGUCAUUUUGUAGCUUUCAAGAGGAAUCUAAAAUAAGAUUACAUUAGACAUUGCUUUCUUUUUUGAAGAGAUACCUGCUAUUCUUACAAGUUGCUGGGCUUCACAGUUACAUUGGGAUUCCUGGUAAGGAUGAUUCUUCUAAACGUUAACAAUCCUGCUUCCUCAAUUUACCGGCUGCUCUUCAAAGGUGAUACGCAACAAGGAAACUCAUACAAGCAGAAUUCUUGCAAAAGAAAUGACAACAGGAUAUUUAUUUCCCUUGCUGGAAAUAAUAUUCUCAAGACCAAACUCAACUUGAUUAUGCAUAUACAUGCUUUCCGUUUGGCUAAAUAGUUUUCUAUAUUCAACAUUUUGAGGUUUUUUUAAAAGUACAUGCAUGUUCAAAACACAAACUGUACAUUUAAACAAUUUGAUAUAUUUUUAUAAUAUUUUGUUUUUAAGAAAUUAUUUGGUCAGCAGAACUAUUUUGACAUACUAAAAUGCCUAUCUAUAUUCAUAAGUAUCUGGUACUUUUUUUUUUUUUUGAAAAGCAAUAUGUGUGAUUUGCUUCACAAUUUGUCUAAUUGUUAAUUAUGUUGUUUUGUUCUUAGUCCACCAGAAAGAAAUGUGUAUUGGAAGGAAACUGUAUUCAUGUUUUCCUUGAUGAGAAACAACACUUCUGGAGUCAAUUGUGACCAUUCAUUUUGUGUUCUUGGGGCUAGAGGGAGAGGGACACUUUUGACUUUCUAAAGGAUAGAAAGAAAUGUCCUUCAAUUACUACUGUAUAGAGUAGUCAUGGCCACUGUUCUUGCAAUACUCUUUUCAUCUUGGAGAACAUGUGAACAUAUGGAUUGGGGAACUAGGGCUGUGGGGUCACUUUAAUGUAAGUAGAAGUAGAAUUGUAGAAUUGAGUUACACCUCUUUGCACCAAAUGUAAUAAAUGUAUCUUCUCCCAGGUUUAUGUGGCAAGCUUAACUGUUUUAAAGAGUAAUAAGUGGAUACAAAGUUCAUGUUCCUUCACAAUCCAAGGCUUGGCUUUGAAUUCAAAUUGCUCCAUAACCUUUAUUUCAUUCAUGCAGACACAUUUCCCAUUACCUUGGUGUUUCAUAUAUGCUGAAAUAAAUGAAAAUGUUUAUAUAAAAAAGGUAUCUUUCUCCCCUGAAUUGCUUCAGUUGUUAAUAACUGCAAAUAUUAUUCUAACAAUGAACAUUUCUAGAAAUAUGUAAAUGCCUUUCUUUAAA